AACCCACUAUCCCUUAAGAUUUAUCCCAGCUUGUGGCCAUGUCUCGGCUGCACCCCCUGCAAACAUGUCAGCAGCUUCUGCCUCAGCUGUUGCUGCUGCUACCUCCCCAAUCAACCACACUCUCAGAGCCACAUCGGUUCCACCUCCCUCCGCCACUCCACACCUCUUCGCUGCACAGAAAUCUGCUUUCCAUGGCUCCUCGUUGUCGGAGCAUAAGCGCAACUGCUCCUCGGCCGGGAUGAAGAGUAACGGGGCUGUUGGAGGCAGACGAGGGCUUGUGGUUAGGGCAAAAACAGCGGGGGCAUCCAAGAACAUAGAGGUAGACGUCGACAAGCCCUUGGGGCUCACCUUGGGCCAGAAACCAGGCGGUGGAGUCGUCAUUACUGCGGUGGAUUCUGGUGGAAAUGCAGCAAAAGCAGGACUAAAAGCCGGCGAUCAAGUCUUGUACACAAGCAGCUUUUUCGGCGAUGAACUGUGGCCUGCUGACAAACUGGGAUUUACUAAAACCGCUAUCCAAGCAAAGCCAGACUCUGUUUAUUUUGUAGUAAGCAGGGGAGCAGACGUAGACGUAAAACGAUUAACUAAGAGGCCAGCUCCUCCUCGCUUUGGUCGAACCUUGACAGAAUCACAAAAGGCUAGAGCGACUCACAUAUGCCUUGAUUGUGGCUUUAUAUACUUUCUACCGAAGCCUUUCGACGAGCAGCCUGAUACCUACAUUUGCCCGCAAUGCAAUGCACCGAAGAAGCGGUUCGUGCGGUACGAUGUGGAGACCGGAAAACCUAUCGGCGGCGGACUGCCACCCAUUGGGGUGCUUGUUGGCCUAGCCGUUGGGGUCGCUGCAGUUGGCGCGCUGCUGGUCUAUGGUCUUCAGUGAUUUGAGCGAAGGAAGCAUCAUGGAUUUUACAGUGAAGAAGAAGAGCUACUUUUCGAUAAAUAUGACAACACCUACAAGAUGAGGAUUUGGGAACAAGAGAAAUAAGAAAUCAACAUCAUGCACUGGCACUGGACUGGGGGCUUCCAUCUUCUGUAAAAGGCUGUUUGAAAUAAAACUAGUAUGACAAUGGACCAAAUCAUAAGGAU